GCCGGACCCGCCCCCGCCCCACCCGCGCGCUUCGCCGCCUCUUCCAAGACCCAGCUCGCUGAGCGGUCGCCGCCGCUGCUGCUGCUGUCGCUGUCGCUCUCGUUGUCGCCGCCGCGCCAGCUUCCGGCCGCGGCCCCCUCCGCCGUCCAGGGCUCCUCCGUCUCGGCCCCGGGACCUCGGCUCCCCGCCAGCCCCGGCCCGGCCCCGGCCCCCGGCACCAUGUCGGAGAAGAGCGUGGAGGCAGCGGCCGAGCUGAGCGCCAAGGACCUGAAGGAGAAGAAGGAGAAGGUGGAGGAGAAGGCAAGCCGGAAAGAGAGAAAGAAAGAAGUGGUGGAGGAAGAAGAGAAUGGCGCUGAGGAAGAAGAGGAGGAAACUGCCGAGGAUGGAGAGGAGGAGGACGAAGGGGAUGAAGAAGAUGAGGAAGAAGAAGAAGAGGAUGAUGAAGGGCCCGCACUGAAGAGAGCUGCCGAAGAGGAGGAUGAAGCAGAUCCGAAGCGGCAGAAGACAGAAAAUGGGGCAUCGGCAUGAGUCCCCCAUCAAGGGGCUAGGGUGGGAGGCCCUUUGGGUCUGGAGGCGGGGACGGGAACAGACCAGUACAGCCAACUGUCACCUGGCUUCUUGCUCUGGACCCUGCCCCAGAGCUGCCACCCUCUUCUUUCUCCUCAGCCCUCUCAUUUCCACUGCUCUGGACACUGCCCUGCCCUCACUCUGCCAUCCAUUCACCUCUUGAGCUCCCCAGCCCCCACACUCUUCCUUGUUCUUUUCUUCUGUCCCUCACUCAACCCACCCAUCCCUUUCCCCUCUGCUCCUUGCAUCCCCCAACCUCACAUCCUAUCCAUCCUUCUCCUGCCUGAUCCCUGGGUCUCCCUCAGAUCCCUUCCUCUCAGACAGCGCCAGGCCGGGGUAGGGCUGGGGUUGGGGUAGGGCCAGGGUUGGGGCCGAGCCCCACAGCUGCCUCCCUCCCCUCCCCUUUUUGUAUAAUUUAAUAAAGAAAUGGUCGCGCUUCUGUUUUUAA